AUGACCUGCUUGGCUUUUCCGCCGUGGACGGAGCGCCAUUCACCAGCCAGCGCAUGCGCGGCCGUGGGAAAGCUGUCGCGCGGAGAUGACGUCGCGAUCGCAGCAGGAGCUGGAUGGCGUCGCGUUGGACCGCGCGAGCCUGAGGCGGGGAGGCGGCGACGGAUUCCCCUCAGCCAAGAGGCGACCUCAACGCUCAAGACGCAAUGUCGUAAUUGGAUGAAAACUGGUCAUUGUCCAUAUGGGAACACUUGUAGGUUUACUCAUGGAUCCUCCCCUAGAGGUAAAGGAUACAGUACUACAUAUAGAAGAUCUCCAGAAAGACCAACUGGUGAUUUGCGAGAGAGAAUGAAGAAUAAAAGGCAAGAUGUAGAAUCCGAGCCACAGAAGAGAUCCCAGGAUGAAUCCUCAUCUCCAACAAGGAGGGAUACUUCAAGAAGCAGACGCCGGAAAAAAGAUGACGCUAAUCUGAAAAUUACAAAGGAGCGCACCCCAGAAAGUGAGGAAGAAUCAGCUGAGUGGGAAACAGGCAGGGAUGAUUCUGAUAAUGGGGAUGUUAACUAUGAUUAUGAUCAUGAGUUGUCCCUCGAAAUGAAACGGCAGAAAAUACAACGAGAGCUGAUGAAACUUGAGCAAGAGAAUAUGGAAAAAAGAGAGGAAAUAGUCAUCAAGAAGGAGAUAUCUCCAGAGCCAGUGAGAAAUAAACACUCCCCAUCUCCAAGAAAUGCAAGCAAAUCGUCUAAACAUAAAACUAGCCCGAAGCUACCUUCUGGUAAGAAGGAGAAAAAAGGAUCAAGGUUGUCAUCUCCUAUGAGCGACCAACAAAGAAAAUCUUUAAAAGUACAGCAGGGUAAAAAGAAAGGACCUCGUACUCCAAGUCCGCCACCCCCUAUUCAUGAAGAGAUUCUAGCAACAAAAAAGCAUAAAGAAAAGUCAAGAACAAAAGACAGAAUUGAAGAAAAAGCCCGAGAGAGUAAAGAACGAGGAAGGGAUAUGGAAAGGCAUAAAGAGAAAAAAGAAAAACACAGGGAUCACUCUUCUGUUCGUAGGCAGAAGAGGUCUAUAAGUCCUGAAGAACAAUCUGGCAGCACCUCUUCUCGUUCCAGAGAAUAUUCCCCACCGGCAGCAAGGAGAAAAUCAGCCUCUCCAGCUCUACCUAAGUCAACUUCUUCUUCCUCUUCUCGAAAGCAUUCCUUCUCUCCACGUCACAGCAGAUCACCCUCUUCUCAGAGACGACAUCAAACUCCUACUGUAUCGAGACAACACUCUCCAUCAUCUCAGUCAGGUUCACCUGUACCAAGAAGAUCAUCAUCUCCCCGACACAAAUGUUCCACCUCACUGUCCUACCAGCGCUCAGCGUCUCUCACUCGAAAGCGAUCCCCUUCACCAUAUACUCAACGUUCUUCAUCUCCACAUAGAAAGCAAAGUCCUGUUAGGCAUAGGUCCUCUGUUAAGGAAAAAGGCAAACACGAGCAAGAAAAAUCACCAUUGCAAGAGCUACAUCAUGAGAAGAAGGAAGGGAACAGAGGAAAACGAGACAAGGAAAGCAAGGAUAGUCGAGACCGACGAGAUUAUGAUCUGGAUCAGAGUUUACUCCAUGAAAGGGACGAGCGGACAACCAGGGAAACCCGUGAUAACAGAAACAAUCGAGAUUACAAAGAAGUGAAAGAUAGCACUGAGCGCAGAGAGACCAGGGAAUCUCGUGAAGUUCGUGAUACAAGAGACACACGAGAUUACAAAGACAGCAAAGAUUCUCGAGAUGGGAGAGAAUCACGAUCUGGCCGUGAUACACACGAUUAUCGAGAUAGCAGAGAUUUCCAUCGAAAAGAUGAACAGCAUUAUGAGGACCGCAGUUACAGUCGGGGCCAUGGCAGGGAUGAAAAUUCCCGGACUGACUUCAAGAAUGAUCGUCAAAAUGAAGCCAGGAUUGAUAGCAGGAAUGAGUCCAGGGGAGACUGCCGCAGCGAGUCCAGGGGAGACGGCCGCGGCGAGUCCAGGGGAGACGGCCGCGGCGAGUCCAGGAGGGACGGCCGGGGCGAGACCAGAGGGGACGGCCGGGGCGAGGCCAGGGGGGAUAUCCGGGGCGAGGCCAGGGGGGACAUCCGGGGCGAGGCCAGGGGGGACAUCCGGGGCGAGGCCAGGGGGGACAUCCGGGGCGAGGCCAGGGGAGGUGGCCGGGGUGAGACCAGGGGGGACAUCCGGGGCGAGACGAGGGGAGACGGCCGGGGUGAGAUGAGGGGAGACGGCCGAAGUGAGAUGAGGGGAGAUGGCCGGGGCGACUCGAGGGGAGAUGGCCGGGGUGAGGUCAGAGGAGACGGCCGUGGUGAGUCCAGGGGAGACAGCCGUUGCGAGACCAGUAGAGACAGCCGGGGCGAGGUCAGAGGAGACGGCCGUGGUGAGGUCAGAGGAGACGGCCGUGGCGAGUCCAGGGGAGACGGCCGUGGCGAGUCCAGGGGAGAUGGCCGUGGGGAGGCUAGAGCUGACAGCCGGUGUGAGACCAGAGGGGACGGCCGGGGUGAGGCCAGGACUGAUAGCCGGGGAGAAACCAGGGGCGAUGGCCGCCUUGAGGCCAGGGGCGAUGGCCGUGGCGAGAUCAGGGGAGAUGGACGUGGAGAAACCAGAGGUGAAAGAGCGGCCAGAGGAAGAGGGAGAGGACCAGAAUUAACUGAAAAAGGGAGUCAUGGAACAACUCGAGGUGCCCAAUUUGACACACACAGCACAAGCAGUAAUUACCAUGAAAACUGGGAUACAAGAAGUGGAUAUACAGAAAGAGAUCGCUAUGAUCGAGACCAAAGCAGGGAUGCAUCCUUUGACAGGCAUGGCCAUACAGACAGGGAAAGGCGUGAAAACAGAGAUCGUGAAAGAGAUCACACAGCUGGUACUGCUACACGACACCCAGGGAGGACAGAUGAUCAUGACCAUGAAGAAAGAAAAGAAGAGCGGCGAUCAGAUCGCGAGGACAGGCGUGAUGAUAGACUCAGGGAAAGAGACCGUGAAAGAGAUCGUGACAAAGAUCGUGAUAGAGAUAGAGAGCGAGAAAGGGAAAGAGAAUUGGAUCGAGAAAGGGAACGUGAAAGAAUCCGUGAACGAGAUAGGGAAAAGGAACGAGAGCGAGAGAGGGGCAAGGAGAGAGAACGAGAAAGGGAGAGGGAGAGAGAGAGGGAGAGAGAACGGGAAAGAGAAAAGGAAAGGGAGAGAGUUAGAGAGAGGGACAGAGAUAGAGAGAAGCAAAAAGACUGGGAUGAGAAGGAGAAAUUGAGAGAUGAACGCAAAGAUAAAAAGGACGAUCAACGAGAAGAGCGGGAUUUGAGGGCAAGUCACGGUCAAAGGAAAACAAGAAAACGGCCUUGGACAGAAUGCAGCCUGAGCCCAUUGGCAAAGCGAGCUCGUGAUGAAUCUCCUGAUAGUGAUACCUACAACAGUAGUGAAGAGAAAAGUGAAAAGCACCGCUUGUUAAGUCAAGUCGUACGCCCACAAGAUUGUCGGACACUCAGUCCACCACGUGUUAUUGAAGAUCGAACAAGCAGCUGGAAAGAUGAUGACAGAAAGUCAGACAAGAAGGAAAGCACAAGGAGGCGCGAUGACCAUACCAUGAGAGAAAGAAUAGCUUCAGGGGACAAACAAAGAGAGCAUAUAGCGGGGAGCGUAGAGAGUUCACGAAGCAGAGAAUCUGACAGCACUGCACACCAUACUGGUGAUGAUAGAGAAGGACUUGUAGGACUACAUGAACAUAGCAAGAAAAAAAGCAAAGCACAGCGGAAGUCUCAAAAGAAGAACAAAAGAGACGAUGAUUGUGGGUCCAAAAAGUACAUUGCAGAGCCCUUAGUAGAGGAAACAGUUUUGUCACCCAGGAAAGCUUCAAAGAAGAAAAAUGUUGAUAAAAAACGUAAACGCUCUAAAGGAGAUUCAGAUGCUUCCGAUGAGGAAGUAGUCCCACAAGCUAAAAGGUGGAAGGGUCCCAGGACUCCACCUGUAACAGUAAAGGAAGAAUCUAUUGAAGAGGUAUCUGAGAAAAGUGCUGAGGGAAAUACGCAAGGAGGAGGAGAUGUAGUUUUCAGUGACUGGUCAGAUGGAGAUGUGCCAGAACGUGAAGAAAGUAUAAUUUCUGACAAGAGCCUUGAAGAUUCUCGAAGGAAAGGUCAGAGAACUGAGGUUGAAAAGUUAGAAGCCCCUACCAUGGCAGAUAAUCGUUCAUGUAAAACUGAUGAGCACAAACGGAGCAGCAGCCUUGGUAGCAAUCGCAGUCGGACUUCAAGCCGUUUACGAUCACCUUCAAAUGAAUCUACUCAUCGCAGUGGAGAUGAUCAGAGUGGUGGAAGGAGACGACAGCAUGGAGCUUCAAGGGAUGGACAGAAAUACAGAAAUAUUGAGUCUUGUGAACGUAAAUCCCGAAUAGAUCAACUCAAGCGUGGAGAGCCUAGCCGCAGCACUUCCUCAGAUCGUCAAGAUUCAAGAAGUCACAGUUCUAGAAGAAGCUCCCCUGAUUUAGAUCGACAAGAGCGUUCCAGGACUGGAUCUUUUGAGAGCAGAGAAAAGCUUCAGGAUAGUGAACGGGACCGUGACCGAGAAAGACGGGAGAGAAGAGAAUGGGAGCGGGAUGGAGAACAUCGGGACUGGGGUAAAAGCAGGCACAGAAAUAGAGAUCGACGAAGAGAGGUCAUGAAGGAGAAAGAAAAACCGUUGGCAGAAAUGUCUGAUAAAGAUAAAGAACGAACUCAGGAACCUGCUUCCAUGCUGGAACAAACCCGAGUGGAACUAAGACCGGGAAGGGAAACUGAGAAGCAACUUGAGCAAACUGAAACUACAGCUGCAGUCACGUGUGAAAGAGAUGUAAAGGAGCCAGUGAAGGAAUCAGAGAAUGAAGAGGUUCAUGCUGAUGAACCUAUUGAUAGCAUUGAAGGUGAGCAAGAUGGGAAAGUAGAUGAUGCACAGUCAUCACUGUCAGGAGCUUGUGAAGAAUAUGAACCAAUUAGUGAUGAUGAGCUGGAUGAAAUUCUAGCUGAUGAUGCAGGAAAAAGAGAGGAGAACCAGGAUGAAGAGAAAAUAUCAGAUCCCAUGGAUGUGAUUGAUGUCGAUUGGUCGAGUUUGUUACCCAAGCAACCCAAAGAGCCAAAGGAGCCAGGAGCUGCUUUGUUAAAAUUCACUCCUGGUGCAAUCCUGUUACGAGCUGGAAUAUCCAAGCGCUUGGCUGGUGCAGAAUUGUUUGCAAAGGUCAAUGAAACUUGUCGGGCAGCUAUCAACAACUCUAAAGAUGGAGACAACGUUUUUGAAGAUGAACUUGGAGCCCUCAACAUGGCUGCUAUUCAGAGAAAGGAAGAGCGAGCCCAUCUGCUGAGUAGUUUGGGACCCUGCUGUAAAGCACUUUGUUCUCGGAGGGAUCUUGUUAUCCGCAAACAGUUAGUAAGAAAUGAAAAGGGUGCAACCAAGCAUAUGUAUACAAAUCAACCAGUCGUGGACAACGAUCUUCUAAGAUCAAGCCUUCGGUUAUUCAAACGCAAAGCACUAUGUCAUGGCCCCAUACAGGAAAAAAGUGAUGACAGUAAGAUUUUGCGACCUAAAGUUAAACAGGAAGUUUGUGUUUCAUAAAUUUUGCAGCAUCAUGGAUUAAUUUUGACUUUGAUAUUGAAGAAUCUGUAUCUAAGGAACUGGAUCCCACACCUGAAUAUUUGGAAGAAUGUCACUUGUUUAUUGACAAACCUAAUAUUGGACCUGGGGUGGUCAAACUUAAUUUUUCAGCUUUUAAGGCUAUUCAUUUUAGGAAUUUAAAUACUGCUCUAUGUACUGGAUAAGUGAAUAUAUCAUUUUUUGAAGUACAGAUUUGAAAUCUUUAAUAAAAGUCUCAGCUUUGUUUUAAGGUGUCUUUUUAUUAUAUGUAAAAGGAGAUGUUUAAUAGGAAUUGUAGGUGAUUGCAGUUUAAUGGCUUUGAUUUUGCUGUUGUCAUACUCUGCAAAAUCACUUUCAGUCUGAUGCCAACUGGGAUUUGGAAUCCAGAAACUUUGAAGUUAUCAAGUGCACUGAUAAAAGCAGGAAGUAGGAAGCACUUACUAGCUGUUCUCAAGAUUGACGUCUUCCUAUCCUGAGGAAAGGUCUUGACCGGAAAUUUCGACUGUUUAUUCCCUUCCAUAGAUUCUGCCUGACCAGCUAGUUCCUUCAGCAUUUUGUUUGUGUUGCUCUGGAUUUCCAGCAUCUGCAGAAUUGCUUGUGUUUAGUUACUAAUUUUAUAAAAGGUGAAAUAGCGAAUGGGGCAUGCAAAAUUAUUCUGAGUUACGAUCACCAAACUGCUAAAAUGUUUUAUUUUAUUUAAUAACUCUAUGAACUGGAGGAAUGGCAUUCCACGCACAAAAUUAGUUUCUCCCAGGCAUCCAGCUAGUCCUGUAAUUGUGACCUGUUAUAUUGCUAAAAAUGUAUUUUUGCACUUCAUUCAAUAAAACACUGCAUUUUCAUUAUUUUGUUUU